AUGGUGUGUCAGCUCCACGAUGACAUGAUGGUGCGCGUCACAGACAAUAGAGGUGUCUCAGAGGCAUUCGCUGUGACCAACAGAGUGAAGCAGGGCUGCGUUCUGACGCCCACCCUCUUUAAUCCCCUGUUUGCUGCCAUGUUGAUGGACGCCUACCGUAAAGAACGCCCUAGGAUCCGCAUCGCCCACAGGGUGCACGGCCACCUCUUCAAUCAAAGGCGGAUGCACUUCCAUUUGCGUGUAUCCACAACCACCGUCCACGAACUUUUAUUAGCCUACGAUUGCGCUCUCAACACCACCUCGGAAGAGGACAUACAAAGAAGCAGGGACCUCUUCGCCGCCGCCUGCGAUAACUUCGGCCUGAUCAUCAACACGGAGAAGACGGUGGUCAACCAACACAGCGCACAAUUCACUCCAAAUCAGCGUGAAAGGCGCUCAACUGCAAGUGCUGGACAACUUCGCGUAUCUGGGUAGCACCCUCUCCCGCAGCAUUAAAAUCAACGACAAAGUUGCCCGCCGCAUUUCCGAAGCCCGCCAAGCCUUCUGCCGUCUGCAGAACACCGCCUGGAACUGGCACGGUCUCCAUCUCAAAAUGAAAAUGAAGAUGUAAAAGACCGUCAUCCUCCCGACGCUGCUGUACGGAGCAGAGACUUGGACGGUGUGCACGAAGCAGGCACGCCGGCUCAACUACUUCUAUCUCAAUUAUCUUGGCCGCAUACUGAAGCUGAGAUGGCAGGACCAAAUCCCAGACACUGACGUACUGGAGCAGACGGAAAUUCUCAGCAUCUACUCUGUUCUGAGAUAACUGAAACUGCGUUGGAGAGGCCAUCUCGUGCGGAUGGACAACGAGCGGUUACCCAAACCAUAGGGGUCUAGGGGUGUCAGCGGUGGGUUCACGUGAUGGUCGUAGUGGUCACUCACUUGCUUGCAGGUGAAACUACGCCUAGCGUCCAUUUCCUAGAACCCAACUCUCACCUGUGGCUCCACGUAGCUGAGCUCUGCUCAGCGGCCACACCCCGGGCAACCGUCUCGACCGGCGGGCUAAACCAGGUGAGGGGGCCCUGUACGCUGUGCCGUGUGCACAUGGUUUGCGGAUUCCGCUGGAUGGAAGGUCGGGUGGUACCUUGCGUCGGCACUGUCGUGACGUGGUUCGUCUCUGCACGCCGCUGGACAGCUGGUGACGGGAUGGAUCUCCACAUCGACAUCGCCUUGACGCGCCCACCUACGCCGUCGGAGACCGCGGCUUACGGCGAAUUCGAGUCGCUCUCUACUACAACCCGAAGUCGUGGUCCCAUAGUGGAGUUCGGCCGUGCCACAACGGCACAUGGCAGCCCUAUUCAGGGAUGGCACCGCCAGCCCCCACGAGGGGAAGGGCCUAGAAAAGGUGGCCUAAACAUUGCUGGGUUCCACGCCGUCUCCAGGCUAGCCAGGGCCGCAGACGUCUAAACAUGGUCGAAACAAUCAAAAUCGAAACAACAAUAAUACCAAUAACAAAAGCAGCCAUACUCAUUGUCCUCAUCCUACCUCUUCUUCCGCUUCCUCUGCCUAUUCUUCUCCUUCGUCACCUUCUUCUCCAUCUCCCUCCCGUCGCCCCACUCGUUGUCACCAGACUGGCAGGGUGAGUCCGCUCACUCUGGCAGCCUGGAAUGUUCGUUCCCUUUUAGAAAAUCCGCGGAGCAACCGAGCGGAACGGAGGACAGCGUUAGUGGCACGAGAACUGGCGCGCUACAAGGUGGACAUCGCCGCACUCAGCGAGACCCGUUUCUCCGAACAAGGCCAACUGGAAGAGGUGGGAGCCGGUUACACCUUCUACUGGAGUGGUCGACCCAGGGCAGAGCGACGAGACGCGGGUGUCGCCUUCGCUAUUCGGAAUGACAUCGUGGGACGACUGUCCUGUAUGCCGCAGGGCAUCAACGAUCGCCUGAUGAGCCUCCGUCUGCCUCUCCGGGGUGGGGGCAAAUUCGCCACCAUCAUCAGCGCCUACGCUCCGACGAUGACCAACCCCGACGCCGUCAGAGACAUAUUCUACGAGGACCUGCACGCCCUCUUGGCGACUGUGUCGAAGGCGGACAAGUUGAUUGUCCUUGGCGACUUCAACGCCCGCGUCCGCACAGACCGUACUGCCUGGAGAGGAGUGCUGGGUCCCCACGGUCUCCGCGGCUCAAACGACAAUGGUCCGCUGCUGCUCCGCACCUGCGCAGAACACCGCCUUAUCCUGACGAGCACGUUCUUCUGUCUACCGGAGCGAGAGAAGGCCACUUGGAGGCAUCCUCGGUCGCGUCAGUGGCACCUGCUGGACUAUGUCCUCGUCCGAAGGCGUGACCAGCGGGACGUGCUGGUGACGAAGGCGAUCGCGGGUGCUGACGGGUGGACCGACCAUCGCCUCGUCAUCUCGAAGAUGCGUAUUCGCCUACAGCCUCGCAGGAGACCUCAAGGUAAGCGACCCCCAGGUAAGCUGAAUGUUGCCUUGUUGUCUUUGCCAGCCCACCAUCUCCAUUUCAGCAAUGAGCUAGCUCAACGACUAGACAACCUUCCCAUCGCCGAUGCCGCCGCUGCCGAGAACGCCUCCGUGGAGAACCGCUGGUGUCAACUGCGAGACACGGUCCAGGCGACGGCGCUCGCCGUCCUCGGUCGCGCUCCCCGCCAACACCAGGACUGGUUUGACGACAACGACGCCGCCAUUAGAAAUAUGCUUGCUGAGAAGAACCGCCUACACAAAGCCUACGUAGAUCACCCCACUGACGACAACAAAGUUGCUUUCUACCGCAGUCGCCGCCACCUCCAACAGCGACUGCGCGAGAUGUAGGACGCCUGGACUGCUCGCAAAGCUGAGGAGAUCCAAGGGUACGCGGACCACAACGAAUGGAAGAACUUCUCCUCUGCGAUCAAAGCUGUCAACGGUCCGCCGACGAAGGGCACUGCUCUUCUCCUCAGCGCCGACGGCAGUACUCUCCUGACUGAGAAGACGCAAAUUCUGCAGCGAUGGGCCGAGCGUUUUCGAGGCGUCCUCAACCGCCCUUCCGCCAUCUGCGACGCCGCCAUCAACCGCCUGCCGCAAGUGGAGACCAACGUGGACCUCGACCUCCCGCCAUCUCUCCAGUAG